CGGCGGGGAGCAUGUCUGCCGCCGACGGAGAAGGCUGGGACGGCAACGGACAGCGCGGAGGAGGCAGCGGCGACGGGCCGGCCGCUCAGGCCCCGUCCGGGGGGCUCCUCAAUCGCUUCGUCCGCCUCCCGCCCGGCCCCGGACGCGUCGGCCUCCGAGUGCCGCCAGCCAGAAGCGGCCACCGCUGCGUGGCAGACAAUGCCAACCUGUAUGUGUUUGGCGGAUACAAUCCCGACUACGAUGAAUCUGGAGGGCCGGAGAACGAAGAUUACCCUCUCUUCCGGGAACUCUGGCGAUACAACUUUGCUACUGGCACCUGGCAUCAGAUGGGCACCGAGGGCUACAUGCCUCGCGAGUUGGCAUCCAUGUCGCUCGUGCUGCACGGCAAUAACCUCUUGGUCUUUGGCGGCACCGGGAUCCCCUUUGGGGAGAGCAACGGCAACGAUGUUCACGUCUGCAACGUAAGGUACAAGCGGUGGGCGCUCUUCAACUGCCGAGGGAAGAAGCCGAACCGCAUCUACGGACAGGCCAUGGCCAUCAUUAACGGCUCCUUGUACGUCUUUGGAGGAACGACUGGCUACAUCUACAGCACAGAUUUGCAUAAACUGGACCUCAACACCAGGGAAUGGACGCAGCUCAAGCCAAACAGCCUGCACUGUGAUAUGCCGGAGGAAAGAUUAUCCCGCGGCCCGAAGAUGUCACAGCUGUGUACAAAUAAAAAAUGAUGUCUUUGUCUGCGGCGGAUACAACGGAGAGGUGAUUUUAGGCGAUAUCUGGAAACUCAGCCUGCAGACGUUUCAGUGGGUGAAGCUCCCUGCGGUGAUGCCUGAGCCCGUUUACUUCCACUGCGCUGCUGUGACUCCGGCCGGCUGCAUGUACGUCCACGGAGGCGUGGUGGACAUUCACCGGAACAGACGGACUGGCUCCCUCUUCAAGAUGUGGCUGGUGGUUCCCAGCCUGCUGGAACUCUGUUGGGAGAAGGUGCUGGCCUUUUUCCCUCACCUGGCCAAGCUCAGCCGAUCGCAGCUUUUGCACCUGGGACUGACGCAGGGACUCAUCGAACGCUUGAAAUGAAAAACGUCCCGCAGGCCGGCGCACUAAUUUAAAACACCGUCCUUACCACCACCCCCCUCUCUCCGGCCCUCCCCUCCCUCCCGUUCUCAUUUCCUCUCUUAUUUAUGGUCCCACGGAGAACGCCACGGAGGAGGAGGAGGAGCAGGCCGAAACCCCCCAGCCACCCACCCACCCGCUUCUCCAGCCUUACUCGCCAAGAACUCCGGAUGCCUUUCCCGUUAUAUAUAUAUAUACAUACAUAUAUAUAUAUAACAUAUAUGAUUUUUUUUUCUAU